CGCCUCACAGGAGGGAACAUGAACUGAUGAAGCUGCUGUUUAAAUAAUGCAGACGACGACUGUUCUGCUCACACCUCGCUCAUCCUGGUAACAGUAUGGCCGAACCUGCUGAGCUGCUGGUCAUCAAGGACCAGUAUGAGCUGGCCCGUCAGGCUCUGACUCGUGGGUUGGCAGCUGAAGAGGCCGAUAAAAGAGACGAGGCCCUGGUGUGCUAUGAGAAGAGCCGAGUGCACCUCGCUCAGGGAGUGGAGGUUCCCACCGAGGGGAAGAGGCAGCAGGGCCCGGUCUGGGACACGGCCAGGGAGCUUCAGCAGAGGAUGAGAAACACUUUGAGGACUGUCGACUCCCACAUCUCCAUCCUGAAAACGUCUUCAGUGACAACAGCAGAGCAGAGGGCCUCACUGCUGAAGGGUCUUCCUCCAGACAGUUCAUCCAUUCACCAUCUGUAUCCUACUGUACCUGCUCUGGCUCAGGACUCAACCCCGGCCCCCCAUACACCCCCUGAACGUCCUCCUCCCCCUGCUGCUGCUGCUGCUGCUGCUGCUGCUGCUGCUCACACAGAAUCAGUCCCAGCAGCUGCAUCAGAAGCUCCAGCGAUGUCUGAUCCCGGGGACCAGCCUCCAGCGUACACAAGGAAGCCCACCGAUGGACACCUCAGCCUCGGCCACGGUCCCGCCGAAGCAGGGCCUGGGUCACAGAAACAGGCCGGAGGAGACGGAAACGAGCUGCUCUUCAUCCCCGCUGGGGUCCAGCUGUUUUUUGUGGCACAGAAUGGGCAGGUCAGCUCGCUGUCUCAUCCAGGCUACCUUCGCGUCUUUGUGUUCGACGGUCAGCAGAAUGACUCCGCUGGUGAACGACCCACCGGAUUUUUACAUGUGUGCGAUUGGCUGUACCCGCUCACCGUGGAUACUCCAGUGCUGCUGGCUAAUUCUGGGAUCUACAUGUUCCCUGACACCACGAUGGGCGUGCCGGGCUCCUAUCUGGGGAUAGUGCUGUCCUCUGAACUGCCUGCUGCUGACCGUCAGAUGUUUCAGGACCUCCUGUCGCAGCUGGCUGAGCUCAGGAUCCAGGAUCCAGAAGAGACGGGGUCAGAGGUUAUCAACUUGAGCAGUAAAGUUCCCCUUGGUCCUCAAGCAAAACAAACAGUAUUGGCAGCUCCAGCAGAUGACCAGGAAAGACCACUACUUCCUGGAUGGAGCGAGAAGAUGGGCCAAGGAAUCAUCUCAGGGGCCACAAAGCUGGGGGAGUCCUUAUUGAAAGGAGCAGAGGCUACUGGGAGGGUCAUUCAGAAAGGAGCGACCAAGAUCCGGGACCACAUGACGCCUGAGGAGACGCCCUCAGAAGUCAGUCCGCAUGUCAACCGCAGUCUGCAGGUGGCCAAACAGGCCACCGAUGGAGCCGUUCGAGUCAGCAAGUACUUGGUGAAUGGCGUGAGCAACGUGGCUGAACGAGUAGCCGAUAAGGUCGCGCCACAUGUGAAGAAACAUGGUGCCAAGCUCAUCCCAGAGUCUCUGAAGAAGAAAGAAGAUGGCCGUCCCUCUAAGAUGGAUGGAGCCAAGUAUGUUGCGGCCAGCAGUGUGCUAGGCUUCACUACAGUUUGGUCGAGCAUGGAGACUGGAGCGAAGCUUGUUGUCAAAAGUGUUGCGACAGAGACGGUCACAACAGUGACUUACAAGUAUGGCGAUGAAGCGGGCCGAGCCACUGACACUGCGCUGCACUCGGUGGCCAACGUUGGCCUGACUGCGUACAACAUUGACAAUCUGGGCAUCAAAGCCUUCCUGAAGACUGCAGGCAAGAAGACGGCCAAGGCCAUGUUCAAAAGCUCAAGCGGUCAGCCGGCGAAAGCAGAGGGGGAGGACGGGCAAAAACAAGAGCCUCCCGUCCAAGCAGCUCAGAUGGAUGCGGACAGAAAAGAGCCUCCAGCAAAGACUGAUGGAGAGGACGCUCAGAAGAAACCAGACGAAGAGAAGAAGAAAUAAGACGGGAUUUUCACAACUUGUGUGAUAUUUAUGUUUUAUUUCUUGUGUUAAAAACUUUAAUUCCCCUGGUUAGAGUGCGCUAUUCAUGUCUCCUACAAGUCAAGGUUGACCUUUUAUUAUAUUAUGUUAAAAUUGCAGGGACUGUCACACGUAUCUGCUUUAAAGCCAUAUUGAAAGCUUUUCUAAACUAUUUUUAUGUAUUGUUUGCUUCAGUGUAACACCAGAGUGUGACUCAAGUAAUACAAUCCUUACCAUAAUGUAUGGAAAUAUGUGCUGUAAGUGUCAUUUUCAACUUACAUGCAAAUGAUUAACUUAUUAGGAAUAAUUGUGAAGUCUGAGUGAAGGGUAAAAAUCUUCCUUUUAUUUUGCAAUUUUAAACUUUUUGAUUAACAAUAAAUCAGCUUU